UUUUACAAUAUGUGUAGUAUAAAGUUAUUUUAUUUUAUAUGUUUUAUUUGAAUGUAGUUGAGUUGGUUUAAUUUGAUAUGGAACAGGGCUGUAAUAUAGUUUUCUUGUUAUUCAGAAGAUUCUUGACUGAAGGUUAUGAAAUUACCUUUUCUUUUAAACUCAGUUUCACGCAGUGUGAGUUUAAAGGAAGUAGAAACUGUUUUUAGCAAAUUUUUAAAAGUUCUUCCAACCUUGGAUGGGAAUACCAUAUCACACUGUAUAAAUAUUUUAUCAAAGAAGGAGAUAAAUCAGCCGAAAUUCCUCUGGCUUAAGACUGCAGAGAUUCUCACUGACUCAGACAAUAAAUCAAAUCACAACUCAAUCCUCUCAAGGCUCGAAGUUAAGGAUGUUUGUAUUAUAUUAAACUCAUUUGCCAAGGUUAAUUUCCUUAACCUUAAACUCAUAGAAACAGGAACAAGUAUAAUAAUUAGGCAAAUUAGGAACAUACACACUAGGGAUCUUUGUAACGUUAUUCACUCAUUAGGGAAACUUAACCAGCAUUCUACCCUGUCCGCAGUUAUAAAUAAACUCUUUAAGCCUAAGAAUAACAAGAUAAAUAACAUAAAUUCAGUGUUAAAAGUGAUAAGUAAUUGUAAUGAAAAGGACUUUUCAAUGUUACUUCGAGUGUUAAUGUUAAACUCUGAGAAUUUGGAUUUCGAUUCUGUGACUAAGAAAUUGCUUAACUCAUUGACUGAUAAAUAUGACAGCCUGAGUGACCAGACACUUGCCAUACUGGCAAACUCUGUCGCUCAGUAUGGCAAGGAUGAAAACGGAACAUUGUCAGUCCUGGCUCCAAUUAUAACUUUGAGACUUAGAAGAGGAAAUUUCACUCCUCAGUGCAUUGCUCAAAUCUCAAAUGGCUUUGCUAAACUUAAUUUUCGUGAUUUUGAACUUUUUUCAGCACUUGCUCAGAGAGUUUUAAUGAACCCCCAGGAGUUUCCUCCAAGAUGUUUAGCCAACCUUUUAAACGGAUUUAGCAAAUUAAACAUAUUCAAUGAACAAUUGUUCACUAAGUUAAUUCCUCAGUUUGAAUCUAAUCUCAGUUUGAUGACUCCACAGUGUAUUGGUAACACCGUCAACGCCUACAGCAAAUUCUCAUCUCAAUUGAAUUUAAAUUUGUUAUUCAGUUUUUUCAAUAAAAUGAUCCUGGAACUGCUGAAUUUCAACACCUUUGACUCGUUUAUAGGUCAAAACUACGCCAAUAUUCUCUCUGGGAUCACUAAGCUCUAUACAGAAUUCCUUAGAUCUCACAACUCUCAGUCUAAUUAUACUAAUGAAACAUAUGAACUAUGUAAUAAAAUGUUAAUGGCAUUGAUAAAAAAGUUGUAUGUGCCGAUGCUGGAGAAGUUUGAGGAGUUUAACCAUUUGGAUGUUCUGAUGAUUUUUAACUCUAUGGCCAGAUUCAGAAUAUGUGACAAUAAUUUAAUUGGAAAAUUAUUAUCAAAGUUAAAGUUAUUUAUGCAAAAUUAUAAGAUCUUUGAGCUGAUUAAUAUUGUGAAUGGUUGUUCGAAAUUUUAUACCACAGAUCUAAAAACUUAUUUUCCAGAUUCAAAUUUAAAUACCUCACUAACCCAAUCCACUCUCAAUACAACUAUAAAUCACGCUAAUAAAUUCAAUACCCGUGACCUUUAUAAUACCCUUGACCUUAAUAAUACAGUUGAGAAUAAUAAUACAGUUGACAGCACUAAGUCAGUUGACGUCGCUAAAUUUGAAUUGAAAGAUGUUAGUACUAUUUCUGGUAUCUGCAAUAUUAUUUGCACUAGUGAUGUUGUUGAUAAAGUUUUAAUCCUGGAUUAUUACAAGCAUUUUAUGGAUCAUCUGAUUAAGCUAUUGAGGGGCAAAUCCCUAAGCUAUAAUCACAUUAGGCUUGUUUUCAACUCUUUAACAACAUUCAACAUGCAUAACAAAGAUUACAAUGAAGUAUUGAGUAAAGUUUUGGUGGAUUCAGAGCUGGAUAAGAAUGAGGAAAGAGUAAUUAAAACCUUCUCGUCAGUUGUGGAUUAUUACUAUGGAAUUAACCAAAAAAUGCCAAAUCACCUGGAAAAAUACAUUCUAUCACAUCUGAACACUUGUACUAUCAAUUGUAUAAGUAGUAACACACCAAUUUACUAAAUAGUUCAAGGUUAUAAGAUUAAAUAACAUCAUUAAUAUUUGUGAUGUUGAUUAAAACGUCUUCGUAUUCGUUUAAUAUUUGUAACUCGUCGGAGUCGGAGGGAAUUCCAAUGACGUUAACAACUACAUUGAAUGUGUUAUUUCUAACUUACACUUGUAUUUACGCUUUAUUUCAUCCCUAAGCCUGUGGUAUUCACUGGAUCUAGACUCCCAACCAUAUCUUAUUAUUACAUCAGAUCCGUUAGAGAUGUAUUUAGUUAUGGGAUCUGAACUAUUUACUAGUGAAUAACGAGUUCUGUUAAUCAGUUGGUGAGGAAAUUUGUUAUGAAUUUUCGGGAAAACGAAUUUCCGAAACUUGAAGAACGGAGGUUUCCUUGCGAUUCGCCUAAAUCCAUACUCAUGCGGUAUGAAUUUAGGUAAAUUCCAAACAUGUUUACCAUCAAAUCUGAUAAUAACAUUAGAAUAAUAUAUUUAUUAGUAAUGUGUUAAUGUGUGAAAAUACCGUUUGAAAAUUAAAGUAUCCUUCCACUGUUUAAAGCUGGUGAUUGUGGUUUUAUUUCUAAUUUGGAUUAAAGAAUAAGAUUUUAUCAGCAUUAAAAAAAAUAAUUUGAUGUUUAUGUGUGGUGGAUUUUUUAUCAUUAUUAAUGUUUUUUGUAAA